AUGAAGCAAGACGAUAACUUACCAACACCUAACCCACGACUCGCAGUCGCUCCAAUCAUCGCCUCUACCUCGGCCCCAAAUUGUCUGCGUCUGCUUCGGUCCGGUCAAGAAUUGACGCCGGUCCUCGACUUGUCGGUCGAGGGCGUUGAGCUUGCAGUUGGAGGUGCCGCCUUUCCGUGCACACGGUUCACCAUCAAGGCCCAACAGAUUUUCGUCUCCCUCUCCAUCAAGAUUUGCCGCAAGUGGGGAUUGGACAAACAUUGUGAUUCUGUGAAGUACGACUUGUGUAUUGUUGCUGUUUUUCGGACACAAGUUCAGGGCUGUUUGCGGGCUUUUCCGGGAUGUUCUGAAGGCCUUUUCAAGGCUCCAGAGGAUGACCUUCCAUUCAACUAA